UCUCGCGAGAAUGUGGACGAGAUAAAAACAUGUGGUGGGCAAAUUGAGAUCGAGAUUCGGAUAGAAAUUUUGUUUUUAAAUAAUUUUGUGUGAAAAAUGCCUCCAAAGAAUAAACAGAUCAUUCCUGAAUGGAACCAAUGUAUACACUGCAGUAGAAUAUUGGGUUAUAGAGACCUGUCAAAGCACAAAGAUGAAUGUUUGAGCAACAAAUCAUUUUCACAUGGUUAUGUUUUACACAAUAUUUUCAACGCAGUUGUCUGCCCUUUACCUGAAGGCAAAGGAGGAAAUAUUGACUUGCCCGUUCAGAUGAAAAAAGAUCUAAUUCUGAUGAAUCCCUCUGUCAUGCAGCUGUGUGGAUUUUACAUUGGAGGCUUAUGUGUGCUGAACAAGACUCACAUCAGAACAUGUUGGCCAUGUAGCAGUGUUGGUCUGUCAUCUGUGGCCAUUUCAGACAGCACAGAGGGUGUAAGACAAGGGGAGCUUGUCUCUUUAGAGCUGUUUAUAGACCCACUACAGCAGGCUUUAGAGGUUAUGCUGAUGUCAAGUGAAUGUAGCCCUGUGUUCAAAGACGAAAUGUUUUUACAGUUUUUAUCAAGAUGUAAAGAAAGCAAAUAUGUUUGCAAGGGUUGCAAAAUGGUGAUUCAGUACUAUGGACAAAAGUUUAAUUUUGAAGUGACAAACAUUAUUGGUCAGACAUUGCCAUCAGAAACAUUUGAACUUCACGGAACUAGAGACGAUAUUGAUGGUGGAAGCUUGUCAGAAAGUAUAGCCAAUCUUAGUAUAACUAAUAAUGAUUCAUUUGUUUCUGGGUCAGACGGAACUUCAAUGGAAUCUAGUUUUGGAAAAAGUGAUUAUCACAGUGGCGUAGAUAUUACAUCGACACCUUCUUCUAACAGAAAAACUUCAGAUAAGUCGAAAGGCAGUGAAGGCAGUUCGAUUAUAGAUUCUGGUCUCAACACAUCAAUAGAAAAAUUGACAACUCCUGUAAAAGAAACAGAUAGAUCAACUGACAAUUUAUUUUCACCCCGAACACCCGUCAGUGAAAGGUCAUUUAGUGCACAUGAAAAUUUUUGUACGCCUAAGGUUGAAAAAUUUAUAGAGAAAAAUAUUUCACAGAAUUUUUAUAAAGUAACAUCAAAGACUAAGUUUAUUAUAUAUAGUGUUGAUAGUAAUGUAGAGGAUAGGGAUACAAGUGAGGGAAAAGAUGCUGUCAGGUAUGCUGAUAUUGGUGGUAUGAAAAAACAGAUUGAUAUGUUGAAAGAAAUGGUCCAUACGCCUGUAGAGCAGCCUGAACUUUUCAGAUCUUUUGGUCUUCCACCUCCAAGCGGUGUGCUGUUGUUUGGACCAAGUGGCUGUGGUAAGUCAAUGUUGGUGAAAGCAGUCAUCUCAGAAAUCAACAUCAAUAUACAAACAGUGUCAGCCCCAGAGAUAUGGAGCAAAUUUUAUGGCGAGACAGAAACCAAAUUAAGAAAAAUCUUUGAAGAUGCCAGACGACUAGCUCCCAGUAUUAUUGUUAUAGACGAUAUAGAGACUUUAUGUCCACGUAGAGAUGGCAGUCACAGCGAGGUUGAGAAAAGAGUGGUUACCUCCCUUCUUACACUGAUGGACGGUAUAAAUAAUGUUGAGAGUGGGAAGUUUGUGAUGGUUCUGGGAACUACAAGCAAACCAGAUGUUAUUGACCCAGCUUUGAGACGACCUGGACGAUUUGACAGAGAGAUAGAGAUUGGGGUACCCUCUGUGUUUGACAGAAGAGAGAUUUUAGACUGUAUGUUGAGGAGGUUGAAUCAUGACCUGACAGUACAAGAGAUACAGGAAGUUGCUGAUGCAGCUCACGGCUAUGUUGGUGCUGAUUUAGCCGCCCUUUGCAAAGAAGCUAGUCUACAUUGUAUGAAGCGAGUUGGACAUCACAGUGACACGGUCUGUUUAACAUUGGCUGAUUUUAACUAUGCAAUGACUAUGGUACAACCCAGUGCAAUGAGAGAAGUCCAGUUGGAGGUCCCUAAGGUUUUAUGGAGUGAUAUUGGGGGACAGGAUCAUAUUAAGCUGAAGUUGAAACAAGCUGUAGAGUGGCCAUUAAAACACCCCGAGGCCUUUACACGAAUGGGUAUAUCCCCACCAAGAGGGAUCCUAAUGUAUGGACCUCCUGGAUGUUCUAAAACGAUGAUAGCCAAGGCGUUGGCAACAGAAAGUGGGCUCAAUUUUCUAGCUGUAAAGGGUCCUGAAUUGUUUAGUAAAUGGGUGGGAGAGUCUGAGAGGGCCGUGAGAGAAGUAUUCAGAAAGGCUCGAGUAGCGUCUCCGGCCAUUAUAUUCUUCGAUGAGAUAGAUGCUCUAGCUAUAGAAAGAGGGAGUUCAUCAGGGAGCAGUAAUGUAGCUGAUCGAGUAUUGGCACAGUUAUUGACAGAGAUAGAUGGUGUGGAAGCUUUGAAGAAUGUCACGAUUGUAGCUGCUACAAACAGACCAGAUAUGAUUGAUAAGGCUUUGUUGAGGCCAGGACGUUUUGACCGGGUGUUGUAUGUUCCACUGCCAGAUCUGUCCACGAGGGCAGAGAUUUUCAACAUCAACCUACGUAAAAUGCCUGUUGAUUCAGACUGCACACCAACCUGGCUUGCUGACUGUACCGCUGGGUAUUCUGGAGCCGAGAUUUCCUCAGUGUGCCAUGAGGCAGCAUUGUUUGCUCUACAAGAGGAUAUCACCUGUCAGUUAGUGAAGAAAUCACAUUUCCAGCUAGCACUGAAUACAGUUACACCUCGUAUAAAUGACUCUCUCAUUAAAUUCUAUGAUGAAUAUCAGCAAAAAAGUGGUCUUCAUACUGUAUGAGUAAAAUAAAAUAGAAAAAUAAAAUA